GUUAAUGAAAUCUAUCACGAUGAGUCUUUAGGUGCCCAUAUUAACGUUGUCCUAGUACGAAUCAUCCUGCUGAGCUAUGGAAAAUCCAUGAGUUUAAUUGAGAUUGGCAAUCCUUCUCAAAGUUUAGAGAAUGUGUGUCGUUGGGCCUACCUACAACAAAAACCUGAUACUGGGCAUGCAGAAUAUCAUGACCAUGCAAUUUUUCUCACAAGGCAGGACUUUGGACCUUCUGGAAUGCAAGGCUAUGCUCCAGUUACUGGCAUGUGUCAUCCAGUUCGAAGCUGUACACUUAAUCAUGAAGAUGGCUUCUCCUCAGCAUUUGUUGUAGCCCAUGAAACUGGACACGUAUUAGGCAUGGAACACGAUGGCCAAGGGAACCGAUGUGGGGAUGAAGUGCGGAUGGGAAGUAUAAUGGCGCCACUGGUCCAGGCUGCAUUCCAUCGCUUCCAUUGGUCUCGCUGCAGCCAACAGGAACUGAACCGAUACCUGCAUUCCUACGAUUGCCUGCGUGAUGAUCCUUUUGACCAUGAUUGGCCUUCCCUUCCGCAACUGCCAGGACUCCACUAUUCCAUGAAUGAGCAGUGCCGCUUUGAUUUUGGUUUGGGCUACAUGAUGUGCACAGCUUUCCGCACCUUUGAUCCUUGCAAGCAGCUGUGGUGCAGUCAUCCUGAUAACCCUUACUUCUGCAAAACAAAGAAAGGACCUCCGUUGGAUGGGACUAUGUGUGCUCCUGGAAAGCAUUGUUUUAAAGGUCACUGUAUCUGGUUAACUCCAGAUAUCUUGAAGCAAGAUGGAAACUGGGGAGCAUGGAGUAAAUUUGGUUCCUGUUCCCGAACUUGCGGAACGGGAGUGAAAUUCCGGACACGCCAAUGUGACAAUCCACACCCUGCUAAUGGAGGCCGCACAUGUUUUGGGCCAAGCUAUGAGUUCCAGCUAUGCAAUAACCAAGAAUGUCCUGAUGGUGAUGAUGACUUCAGAGAGGAGCAAUGCAGGCAGUGGAAUCCCGUUUUUGAAUAUCAGAAUAUGAAGCAUCACUGGCUUCCAUAUGAACAUACUGAUGCUAAAGAAAGGUGCCACCUCUACUGCGAGUCCAAGGAAACUAAUGAUGUGGUAUAUAUGAAAAGAUUGGUACAUGAUGGAACACAGUGCUCCUAUAAGGAUUUGCACAGUGUCUGUAUGCGAGGAGAAUGCCUGAUCAGAGGAUGGGUGACAGGUGACUGGGAACCUUGCAGCAAAAGUUGUGGGAAAACAGGAUAUCAGGUGCGUUCAGUGCGAUGUAUCCAAACAUUGCACGACAACACAAACCGUUCUGUCCAUACCAAAUACUGCAGCAGCGAUCGUCCGGAGGGCAAGAGGGUUUGCAAUCGAGAACUUUGCCCUGCACAGUGGUGGAUUGGACCCUGGUCACAGUGUUCUGUAACCUGUGGUAACGGCACACAAGAAAGGCCAGUUCUCUGCAGGACAAGAGAAAAUAUUACUGGCUUUUGUAAAGAAGAUAGGCCAGAAACAACAAGGCUCUGCAGGCUACCUUCAUGCCCUAAAAAUUCAUCAGAUACAUCCAAGAAGACCUAUAUGAUACAGUGGCUGUCGAGACCGGACACAGAUUAUCCCAUCCAGAAAAUAUCUUCAACAGAACAUUGCAAAGAAGACAGAUCAAUGUUUUGUCGCAUGGAAGUUCUCCAUCGGUACUGUACCAUUCCUGGAUAUAAUAAACUGUGUUGCAAGUCUUGUGGUAUGUACGCUAAUGAAACAGGGCAUGACAACUCAACAGUUAAUGAUAUUGAAGAGGACUUCACUCCCACGCUUGCAACAUCUGUUGAAGAUCACACACCAUAUAGAGCAACAGGUCCACCAGAUGUUGCCAAGGUAAAUAUCUCCAGUUCUAAUGUAACCAUAGAGCAGCCAGAAGGCAACACAGUGGAUGCUCCCUAUAAAAUUCAUCAGACGGAAAAUGAAGUGCCUCAACACAACAUCAUCUGGAGGAGGAGAUCACCAUAUGAAAGGACAAAGAACCAAAGAAUUCAGCAGCUGAUUGCAGAAAAAAGGGAAAAAGGAAUGCUCAGGGAAUUGCAUUAAAUUGGAAAUAUAACUCUAUAUACAGAUAUAUAUUUUCUCUCUUAUAGAGAUGUUACAGUACUGCAGUAUUGCCCAUGCCACCCUAGAGACUAAUUUUUUUAAAUAGCGGUGCUAUGGCAGAAAUGCCUAAUGCUACAGCUUGCAAUAAAUAGACAUGUAGGCUUAUUUAAUUAAAGAAAAGAUAAACAGCAUAACAAAUGUUAGGUUACAAAUAUCCACUGAAAAUUGUACAAUAGCAUCAUAGCUUAACAGCUAUGCAGCAGUGCUGCAUGCAGGUAGUCCUUGUUUAAAGACUGUCUUCUUUAGCAACUAUUUGUAGUCAUGACGAUAAUAAAAAACAUCACUUUAUAACAAAUCCUCAUAUUUAUGACCUUCACUGUUCUAUAAAGCAAGAGAAAUUGAAGUAAGAUCAUAGGCAUGGUUGCAGUUUCACUUAGCAACCACUUUGCUUAAUGAGUUGCUGAUCCCAAUUGUAGUCACUAAACAAGGACUACUUGUAGUAAAGGUCAGCAGAGUUGUUUCUUUUUAUUUUCUAUCUUGCUCCACCUCUGUGUAUGUUUGAAUCCAAUGGAAUCUACCUGGGUGAUACUAUUUUUAUCAAAAAAAAAAGUCUUAUCAAUUGAUCCAAAAUACUUAAUAAG